AUGAAUAUUUCUAAGGGUUCCUUUUUGUUUCUCUCCUUCUUAUGCAGUGAAACUGUCUGGGAAAUCGCAGAAGCUGAGGUGGAAAAAAGGAGAAACCAUGGAAAUGAAGGACAUGCAGCUGAAGUUGGAGAAAAAUCUGUUUUCUUUAUUGGCAGUAAAAAUGGGGGAAAGACUACUAUAAUUCUACGAUGUCUUGACAGGGAUGAGCCGGCAAAGCCAACCUUAGCUUUGGAAUAUACAUAUGGAAGAAGAACAAAGGGGCACAACACACCAAAAGACAUCGCUCACUUUUGGGAACUGGGUGGAGGAACCUCUCUGUUGGACUUAAUCAGCAUACCCAUCACCAGUGAUACCCUAAGGACAUUUUCUAUUGUUCUUGUUUUGGAUCUUUCCAAACCUAAUGACCUUUGGACCACCAUGGAAAAUCUGCUGCAAGCCACAAAAAGGCAUGUAGACAAAGUGAUCAUGAAACUGGCGAAGACAAACUCUAAAGCCGCCUCUGAGGUGAGGCAGAGGAUGUGGAGUGCAAUGCAGAAGGACCAUCCGGAUCGUGAAUUAAUUGACCCAUUUCCAAUACCUCUGGUCAUAAUUGGAAGUAAAUACGAUGUUUUUCAGGAUUUUGAUCCUGAGAAGAGAAAGGUGAUAUGCAAGACACUUCGGUUUAUUGCGCACUACUAUGGAGCCUCGCUGAUGUUUGCCAGCAAAUCAGAAGCCCUGCUACUGAAAAUCCGAGGUGUUAUUAACCAGUUGGCAUUCGGUAUUGAUAAGAGCAAAUCAAUAUGUGUGGAUCAGAAUAAACCACUGUUUAUCACAGCGGGAUUGGAUUCUUUAUGUCAAAUAGGGUCUCCUCCUGUUCCCGAUGGUGACAUUGGAAAACUUCAGGCCCACUCACCAAUGGAGCUGUGGAAAAAAGUGUAUGAAAAACUCUUCCCACCAAAGAGUGUCAGCACACUGAAGGCAGUCCAGGACCCCGCCCGGGAUCCACAGUAUGCGGAGAGGGAAGUUGACGAGAUGAGAGUUCAGAAGGAUCAGGAACUAGAGCAAUACAAGAGAAGUUCUUCCAAGACCUGGAAACAGAUUGAGCUGGACUCUUGAGCCUGGUUUACUGUUGUGGGUUUCUGUCUUCCUUCCCAAGGUCAGAUAAGAUUAUUUCUU